UUCAGUGUGUGUUUGCUCAGGAAGCGUGAGCGUAUUCGUGUGCAAGCAGAAGCACAAAAAGAUGCAAAUAGUCUGCUUCUGUCAGCUUUGCUCUUCCUGAAGAAUGCAGAACCUUUCCAAGUUACUGUCCGAGAAGACAAUUGUAUCAUUGUCUCCCUGGAAGCGUCUGAUGUGGUGAGCUCAUCCUCUGUAUAUGUUGUGAAGAUAGCUGGAGAAUCCAAGAACUACUUUUUCCAGUUUGAAGAAUUCAAUAGCACUUUACCUGCCCCUGUGGUUUUUAAUGCCAAAUACCAUGGCCUAUAUUACAUAGUAACUCUGUUGGUAGUGAACUCAAAUAUGGUUUCCAAGUCAGCAAGAUCAAUCACUGUGUUAACCAAACCCCUUCCUGUGAGCAAUGUUUCUAUCUAUGAUUACAAACCAUCUCCAGAAACAGGAGUGUUGUUUGAAAUUCAGUAUCCAGAGAAGUACAAUGUUUUUACCAGGGUAAAUAUAAGCUAUUGGGAAGGAAAAGACUACCGAACAAUGCUGUACAAAGAUUUCUUUAAGGGCAAAACAGUUUUCAAUCACUGGCUGCCAGGUAUAUGCUACAGUAACAUCACAUUUCAGCUGGUAUCGGAAGCAACCUUCAACAAAAGCACGCUGGUGGAAUACAGUGGGGUCAGGCAUGAGCCCAAACAGCACAGAACAGUUCCUUACCCACCUCGAAAUAUUUCUGUCCAGAUUGUACCAAUCAACAGAAACAACUGGGAAGAGCACAGCGGAAAUUUUCCCGAAGAAUCAUUCAUGGGACCACAAGAUAUAAUAGGGAAAGCGAAACUUAGCCAUUUUUCUGAUGAACCACCUGAAAUGCCAACAGCAAAUGCAUCUUAUGCCUGGCCAGAUGACCGCUAUAACAGCACCGAGGAUGAAGCCACAUCACAGCCGUAUUGGUGGUCUAAUGAAGCCGAAUCGUCAGAGGGUGAAGAGGAGUUUGUCAAUGCUGUUCCCAAGGAUUAUGAGAGCAAUGAAGGGAAUUCAUCAGCAAAGCUUGUGCCAGAGCCCCCCACUUUCCUUCCUGUACAAAUGGUGCUCACUUGGUUACCACCAAAGCCACCAACAGCGUUUGAUGGUUUCCAUAUCAAUAUUGAAAGGGAAGAGAACUCCACGGAAUUUCUGACAGUAAGCGAAGACACUCACAAAUUUGUUGCUGAACUGAAAGAACCAGGGAAAUACAAGUUGUCCGUAACAACAUUUAGCUCCUCUGGCUCUUGUGAAGUUCGGGGAAGUCAAUCAGCAAAAACACUUAGUUUUUACAUCAGCCCCACGGGCGAAUGGAUAGAAGAGCUGACGGAAAAGCCCCAGCACGUGACCGUGACGGUGUUGAGCUCCACGACUGCCCUGACAUCCUGGACGGCCUCACAAGACAGCAGCGGCAAUGGCACCAUUGUGUCCGUCAUCUCCCUCACCUGUCAGAAGCAAAAGGAAAGCCAAAGGCUUGAAAAGCAUUAUUGCACUGAGGUGAAUUCAAGCAGCAGCCUCAUUGAAAAUCUCAUUCCUGGUGCCCAGUACCAGGUUGUGGUUUACUUGCGGAAAGGACCAUUGGUUGGACCUCCUUCUGAUCCUGUUACGUUUUCCAUUGUGCCCACUGGAAUAAAGGAUUUGACGCUUUACCCUUUGGGACCCACUGCUGUGGUUUUGAGCUGGAACAGACCUUUUCUUGGGGUGUUCAGGAAAUAUGUUGUGGAAAUGUUUUACUUCAACCCAUCAACGAUGACCUCUGAGUGGACAACCUACUAUGAAAUAGCAGCAACCAUCUCCUUAACUGCCUCAGUGAGAAUAGCCAACCUAUUGCCUGCUUGGUAUUACAAUUUCCGAGUUACCAUGGUGACUUGGGGGGACCCAGAGCUGAGCUGCUGUGACAGCUCCACCAUCAGCUUCAUCACAGCACCAGUGGCACCUGAGAUUACCUCCAUCGAGUAUUACAACCAUCUUCUGUACGUCAGCUGGACCUAUGGAGGAGAUGGUACUGACCUUUCCCAUUCCAGGAUGCUGCAUUGGAUGGUCAUUGCGGAAGGAAAGAAAAAAAUCAAAAAGAGUGUAACACGCAACGUGAUGACUGCAGCGUUGAGCUUGCCUGCAGGGGACAUCUACAACCUUUCAGUGACUGCCUGUACUGAAAGAGGCAGCAAUACUUCCCUGCCCCAGCUUGUGAAAUUAGAACCAGCCCCUCCGAAAUCACUGUUUGCUGUCAACAAGACUCAGACUUCAGUGACUCUGCUGUGGGUGGAAGAAGGAGUGGCUGAUUUCUUUGAAGUCUACUGCCAGCAGGCUGGAUCUGAUCAAGAAACAAAAGUCCAGGAACCUGUCACUGUUUCGUCACACGUAGUGACAAUCUCCAGCCUAACCCCUGCCACUUCCUACAACUGCAGCGUGACCACCUUCAGCCACAAUAGUCCCAGUGUCCCCACUUUCAUUGCUGUCUCCACCAUGGUCACUGAGAUGAAUCCCAACGUAGUGGUAAUCUCUGUGUUAGCCAUCCUAAGUAUCCUCCUGAUUGGACUGCUGCUGGUGACUCUUGUUGUACUCAGGAGAAAACACCUGCAAAUGGCCAGGGAGUGCGGGGCUGGAACCUUUGUCAAUUUUGCAUCAUUAGAGAGAGACGGAAAGCUUCCCUAUAAUUGGCGUAGAAGUGUAUUUGCUUUCCUAACUCUGCUACCCUCAUGCCUUUGGACUGAUUAUCUUUUGGCAUUUUAUAUUAAUCCUUGGUAA